AAACUGUGGAGUUUAUUUAAUAGUAAUGUACCAUUGUUGAUUCCUUAGUUGUAACAAAUGUAUCAUCUUACACAAAAACAAAUGUCAACAUCUUACACAAUAGAGAAACUGGGUAUAUGGGAACUGUCUACUAUUUUUGUGACUUUUCUGUAAAUCGAAAACUAUUCUUUAAAAAAGUUUAUUUAGAACAUCUGACUAUAUGCUAGAGAGUAAAAGAUAAGGAUCUAUGAACUGAGAUCUAGCAUCGUUGUGAAACUGACCCUUUUAAAGGGUUUCUCUGUGCUUCACUUUCUCUAGUAGGGUUGAAGAUCACUUACAUAGUAAUCUGCUUACAGUGUACCAGAAAACAAAAAGACUCUGUGAAAUAUUGAGCCCAAUUGUCAAUUGUCGGCAUGUGCGUUCUUAAAAAUUUGACACUCAGAAACCACGGGCUGCUUCAUUAGGACCUUUAGGGAGAUUACAUUUCUACCGGCAGUUCCAGGGGAACACAAAUAGACGAAUGACAAUACACUUAACUGUAACAAUGACAAUCCUGAUAAUUACUGGCUUCCAAAAUACAACAAUUUGAGAAAGACUGCUUAGUAGAGAAUAAAAGGUAACAAUAAAUUUCUUAGUUUAGAAGCAUAAGUUUCAUUUUAAUAUCUAUGAAAAAUAUAAAUAUGUGGAUUAAAUAGAAUGUCUAAUGUUUUCUCAGACCCCAGUGGUUUGAGAAAAGCCUACCUGGAUUUACCCGGUCACACCUCUCUUUUCAUAACCAUUGCCAUUUUAAGCAUAUUUGUCAUCUGUGCAAAUUUCUAGAGAAAAGUCAGAAUUGUGUUUGAAGAAAUCACUCUGCACAAGUAAACACUUGCCAAACAGCAAGUGCCAGGAGACGAUGUUUCACAAAGCUCUUUUUAAAAAUUAUUAUUAUUAUUAUUUUUUUUUGCACACAUUAGUUUGGUAAAAAACACAUUAUCUAAUUUUUUUUGGCACACAUCAAUUUACAAUCCGGAAUCACCAUGUGAGUCGAAUUAACAAAUGUAUUAGCAACUUGUAGUCAACCAGAGUGCAGUUCCAGCUCCCUAACUCAAUGGAAUUUUAAUAAUUUCUCUUCUCUGAGUCUAUCUCAGUUUCUCAUCUGUAAAAUGAGUAAAAGCAAGCCCCUUGCGGUUCAGAUGUUGAGAUUCGGUGGGAAGGACCUCGAGAAACAGAGCGGACGAUUUCAGAAUUUAGGGCUUUAGGUCUUGAUGGGUGGAUGGUACUGUGGAAGCUGUUUACUUGUUUGUGUUUCUAGAAUCGGAAAGUAAAGCGAAAGGGAUAGAAACGAGCGAAUGGAAGAAGCAGAACAGACACCAGACAGAGACCAACUCCAGGGACUCUUCGGGACUUGCGGGGCAGGCAGAGCAUUCGGUUGCUAGGCAGCCGCGCCUCCUGGGAGGGUGGGGGACCCCAGGGGCAGGUGUCUAACUCACUACCUUUUUGUUUAGCCGCGGUGCCGUCUUUUCAAAACCAAUGAAACCUGUGGCCUUUAAAAGUAGACAUCUUUUUGCAAGGCAAGCCUUGUAGCCGAGUUCUGCUUGAGGUUGUUUUUCUUUUUCCUGUUCUCAGGCGCGCUGCGGGCACCUCUCGGACAAGGCCCCAGCCGUCGCGGGUUGCCGGGCAGAGUCGGACGCAGUCAGCUCCUCGCUCCACGCCCACCGCUCUCCUGGAGCGCUGGGCCUUCGCUGGACGCACUGGCAGCUAUGAGCUCGGAGAUGGAGCCGCUGCUUCUGGCCUGGAGCUAUUUUAGGCGCAGGAAGUUCCAGCUCUGCGCAGAUCUAUGCACGCAGAUGCUAGAGAAGUCCCCUUAUGACCAGGCAGCUUGGAUCUUAAAAGCAAGAGCACUAACAGAAAUGAUAUACAUAGAUGAAAUUGAUGUAGAUCAGGAAGGAAUUGCAGAAAUGAUGCUGGAUGAAAAUGCUAUUGCUCAAGUUCCACGCCCUGGAACGUCUUUGAAACUCCCUGGAACUAAUCAGACAGGAGGGCCUAGUCAGGCUGUUAGGCCAAUCACACAAGCUGGAAGACCCAUUACAGGUUUCCUCAGGCCCAGCACACAGAGUGGAAGGCCAGGCACUAUGGAACAGGCUAUCAGAACACCCAGAACCGCCUACACAGCCCGCCCUAUCACCAGCUCCUCCGGAAGAUUUGUCAGGCUGGGAACGGCUUCCAUGCUUACAAGUCCUGAUGGACCAUUUAUAAAUUUAUCUAGACUGAAUUUAACAAAAUAUUCCCAGAAACCUAAGUUGGCAAAGGCUUUGUUUGAGUAUAUCUUUCACCAUGAAAAUGAUGUUAAGACUAUUCAUCUUGAGGAUGUAGUUCUACAUCUUGGAAUUUACCCAUUUUUAUUGAGGAAUAAAAAUCACAUUGAAAAAAAUGCUUUGGAUCUGGCUGCCCUCUCCACAGAGCAUUCUCAGUACAAGGACUGGUGGUGGAAAGUACAGAUUGGAAAAUGUUACUACAGGUUGGGAAUGUAUCGUGAAGCAGAAAAACAGUUUAAAUCAGCCCUGAAGCAGCAGGAAAUGGUAGAUACAUUUCUGUACUUGGCAAAAGUUUAUGUCUCAUUGGAUCAACCUGUGACUGCUUUAAAUCUUUUCAAACAAGGCUUAGAUAAGUUUCCAGGAGAAGUAACCCUGCUCUGUGGAAUUGCAAGAAUCUAUGGGGAAAUGAACAAUAUGUCAUCAGCAGCCGAAUACUACAAAGAAGUUUUGAAACAAGACAAUACUCAUGUGGAAGCCAUCGCAUGCAUUGGAAGCAACCACUUCUAUUCUGAUCAGCCAGAAAUAGCUCUCCGAUUUUACAGGCGGCUGCUGCAGAUGGGCAUUUAUAACGGCCAGCUUUUUAACAAUCUGGGGCUGUGUUGCUUCUAUGCCCAGCAGUAUGAUAUGACUCUGACCUCAUUUGAACGUGCCCUUUCUUUGGCUGAAAAUGAAGAAGAGGCAGCUGAUGUCUGGUACAACUUGGGACAUGUAGCUGUGGGAAUAGGAGAUACAAAUUUGGCCCAUCAGUGCUUCAGGCUGGCUCUGGUCAACAACAACCACCACGCCGAGGCCUACAACAACCUGGCUGUGCUGGAGAUGCGGAAGGGCCACGUUGAACAGGCACGGGCACUAUUAGAAACUGCAUCAUCAUUAGCACCCCAUAUGUAUGAACCGCAUUUUAAUUUUGCAACAAUCUCUGAUAAGAUUGGAGAUCUGCAGAGAAGCUAUGUUGCUGUGCAGAAGUCUGAAGCAGCAUUUCCAGACCAUGUGGACACACAACAUUUAAUUAAACAAUUAAGGCAGCAUUUUGCUAUGCUCUGAUUGUUCCUUAGACCACAUAUGUUCGUAUGAAGUGGCAUUAUGCAAGAGGAAAAAAGUACUAUGUCUGUGUAUGUAUGUAUAUAGUGUAAUAUGUAUAUUUUAACAAACUUGUCCUUGAUAUUAGUGAAGGUGACACAUAAGGGUGACACAGAAUGUAUAAUGCAAAUUUCAUAGUAAUAGUAACUUUAUAAAAUAAUAUUAUAAAAUACAGGAUUUAAACCUUUCUAAAUAGAUCUUGAAACUUUCUCCCACAUUAUAUAGUAGAUGUUUGUUUAUAAUGUUUACAAAACAUUUUGGUGAAUUUCCUCAAUGUUUUAUAAAUGUACAUUUUUUAAGUCCUUAAGCUGACUAUUAGCCAUCAUGUAGCUUAAGGAGUCUGAAAUCUGCCAUUAAAAGUGCACCUUUAAGCCAGGUGUGGUGGCAUGUGCCUAUAGUCCCAGCUACUUGGGAGGUGGAGGUGGGAGGAUUGUAAACAGAGACUUUCCUUAAGACUUUAAAAAUGUAUUUAAAACUAUUUUUUAUUAAAUACUUUGUGAUUUCCUAUUAAGCUUUAAAAUAAAUCAGUGUGUAAAACACCA